AUGGCAGCAUCUUCUUCGUCCUCCUCUGCGGGAGGUGUCAGCGGCAGCUCGGUAACUGGCUCCGGAUUCAGUGCUUCAGAGCUCAUCCCUCCAAGGAAAGUCCUGUACACAUAUCCUAAAGGUGCAGGUGAAAUGAUGGAAGAUGGCUCCGACAGAUUUUUAUGCGAGUCUGUAUUCAGCUACCAAGUUGCCUCGACACUUAAACAGGUGAAACACGAUCAACAAGUGUCUCGAAUGGAAAAACUUGCAAGCUUGGUGGAGGAGCUGGAAGCAGAUGAGUGGCGGUACAAACCAAUUGAACAGUUACUGGGAUUCACACCGUCUUAAGUAAAGAGACCAAGAUGCCUUUGGUUAAUAAAUCAGCCAAAUAGAAGGAGAUGGUUUACUUCAGAUCAUAAAUGAUAUCUUUCUUUAUGGUUGUAUUCUAUAUCAUAAGUUUGAGAUAAUAUCUGGAGUUACUGAAUGUGAGAUGUAUUAUUUAACUUUAACUUUGACAAUUGUAUGAGCAUUUUUAUAUUAUAUGUUACCCAACAUACUAUAAUAAACACUGUUAACAAAAAUAUCCUUGUUAUAUACUAAUAACUAAAGAAUUUGAAAAGUUGUUAUGGACUUUAAAACUAGAGUAGGCUAAUAAAGGUGUUUUGCUAGUCCAAUCUGCUCUUAGCCUUGGUGUUAAGAGAUAAUAUCUUUCCCUUGAAGUGAGGCAUUGUGUUUCCACAUGGCUGCACUGUAACUCAGAAAUCUGAAAACCUGCUGCCUGUUCUUCUCAUCGUUGCUUGCUCCAACAGCACAUCGAGCAAAACAAAGAGAGCUUGUAAAUAAAGUCAUACUUGGACA